CAGUAGAGGAGGUAGUCUUUAUUAGUAGUCGACAGUCCGCCUGUGGUGGAAAUAAAUACUGCCAAUAUUAUUCUCAGCCGUAUUAUGUUUAUCGUUUGCGGAUUUUCUGCUUGAGGAGACAGCUGUGAGGACUGCAGCAGCCGCUCUGAGGAAAAUCUUAUUUCUACACGACUCCUCGGAAGAAGACGAUUGUGUGAGGGUCCUCUGACAGACAGGUCCCCAAACCUCCUGAUGAUUACUCAACCUGACAAUCAAGAGAUGUCGCCCUGAUUGCUGUUUGUCGGGUGCAGCUUUUCAUUAAGCAAGAUGUCAACCACAACAGAUAAUGGGAUGGGAGGACCUUGGAACACAAACAGAGAGAAAACAUAUAAGAAGACCACGUCAUCGGCCUUGAAGGGGUCCAUUCAGCUCGGCAUUGGCUAUACAGUAGGCAACCUCACCUCCAAGCCUGACAGAGACGUGCUUAUGCAAGACUUCUAUGUGGUGGAGAGUGUCUUUCUGCCCAGCGAGGGAAGCAACUUGACCCCAGCACAUCACUAUCCUGACUUCCGCUUCAAGACCUACGCCCCGCUGGCCUUCCGCUACUUCAGGGAUCUGUUCGGCAUCAAACCAGACGACUACCUGUACUCCCUGGUAAAUGAGCCUCUGAUUGAGCUGGCCAACCCGGGGGCCAGCGGUUCCCUCUUCUACCUAACCAGCGAUGACGAGUUCAUCAUUAAAACCGUCCAGCACAAAGAGGCCAAGUUUCUCCAGAGAUUGCUGCCUGGAUAUUACAUGAACUUGAACCAGAAUCCACGCACGCUGCUUCCUAAGUUUUACGGCCUGUACUGUAUCCAGUCCGGGGGCAUCAACAUCCGACUGGUGGUGAUGAACAAUGUGCUGCCUCGCUCUGUCAAGAUGCACUACAAAUAUGACCUGAAGGGAUCCACCUACAAGAGGCGAGCGUCCAGGAAAGAGAGGGAGAAGGCCUGUCCGACCUACAAAGAUCUGGACUUUCAGGACAUGCACGAGGAAGGGCUUUACUUUGACGCAGAGACGUACAACAACCUAAUGAAGACCCUGCAGAGAGACUGUCGGGUGCUGGAGAGUUUUAAGAUCAUGGACUACAGCCUACUGCUGGGUGUCCAUGUCCUGGACCAGAGCCAGAGAGAGGGGGGCGAGUCGGGCCAGGCAGGGGGCGACGGUAGGAGACCUGUCGGUCAGAGGGUCCUUUACUCCACUGCCAUGGAGUCUAUCCAGGGAGACGGCAAGGCAGCUGAAGCCCUCACCACGGACGACACGAUGGGUGGCAUCCCUGCCAAAACACACAAAGAAGAAAAGCUGCUCAUCUUCCUGGGUAUCAUAGAUAUUCUACAGUCAUACAGGUUCAUUAAAAAAUUGGAACACUCGUGGAAAGCCCUGGUGUACGAUGGUGACUCCGUCUCGGUGCACCGCCCUGGCUUUUAUGCCAGCCGCUUCCUCAAGUUCAUGAGCACAAGGGUCUUCAGGAAGACUCAGCCAAUUCGAUUCUCCCCUUCAAAGAGGACUCGCACUUCCAUCCCGGCUCUGAAGUCGUCCUCUCAGGAGAUCCUUUCAUCGCAGGCGGAUGAGAGGAACGAGGAGGACAGGAGGGACAGGCUGGGAGGAGCCCGCAGCCUCGCCAGUCUGGAUGGAAAAGCUGUGUUCGGCUCAUACCUGCGCCCUGAUCUGGUCCCUGCCAACGCGUCGUUCUACGAGGGCUCCUCCAUGGGAACCAUUUCCACCUCCUCCAUCUUUGUCAACGUGGACAACCAAACAGAGGAGAGAGAUGACGUUGCAUCCAGCUCCACAUUUACCCUGGAGGACAGCGCUAUCUGCCUCACUUCAGAGCAGAGCAUCAUGGAUGUGGACAUAGACCGCGAUGACGGAUCCGUUCUCGAUGUCUACUUGUGAAAACAGCAGCUUUACAACCAUCAUUUCCUCCUGCCAAUCAUAAGACAAUCGCCGCACUCCAUUGGACAGGCCGGGCUGGCCCUUUAACUCCACUUCAAGUGCUGCUAGAUCCAUGUUGCCACUUGUAUUGCCAAGACAUAAAAAGACUGAGAUUCUCCACCGGUUGACGGACUAAAAGAAGACACAGACAAAGUCACAGCGAUGGACAUCUGCAGGAACUGUGUGACAUAUCAUGUAAUGUGAUGAACAUCAGGCUGAACUGAGUGUCGCUUUUUUUUUUUUCAGAGCAUCAUGUAGGGAAUGAGUGUAGAG